UGACACUCGACAGUUGUACUCAGUCUCGCUCACUCGUAUCAAGUACAUGCGGGUUGGAAACUAGUGAACGACGAUGUGGGACUUCGGAGUUACAACAGUUGCCUUAUUUCUGGUCGUGGUACUGGUAGUGUUAUGGCUGUCAACGCGACGAGCACCUGGACUACCCCCCGGCCCCCCUCUCCUUCCGUUCGUGGGGAACGCCCUGUCCAUGGACUCUGAUCCCCGGGUCUUGUACAAGAACCUCCGACAGAAGUAUGGCGACAUUUUCAGUCUGUAUGUUUUCCACAAGCCUCUCAUCGUCCUCAACGGCUACAACGUCAUUAAAGAAGCCAUUGUCAAGAACGCCGACGUCUUCUCCGACAGACCGCACUCUUUUGUAAAUGAUUUUAUAGCAAAGGGCAAAGGAGUAAUCGGAACCUCCGGGCACUUGUGGCAUGAACAGAGACGAUUUGCUCUCAAUGCUCUGCGAGAGUUUGGAGUGGGAAGAACCAUCAUGGAGGACAAAAUACAUGAGGAAAUCGCACAGUUUGUGUUGGCCCUAGAGGAACAGAAAGGACGGGGUUUCAACAUACAACUUCUUGUGCAGAAUGCUGUAUCAAAUGUCAUCUGUUCCAUUAUCUUUGGCAAACGUUUUGAAUAUACCGACCCUCUCUUUGUCAAAUUUCUGAAAGCAUUGGAUGAAAAUUUUCGAAGCAGCACAGCAUCGGGAUUAUUGAACGUUUUCCCUCUUGUGCGACAUUUACCUGGAGACCCAUUCAAGUUCAGGAAAACAAUGGACAAUGUCAACAUUGUGGAUAAUCUACUGAUUAAACCACUAGUUCAAGAUCACUUAGACGAUCAGGAUGAGGAGAAUCGAGACGAUUUCAUCCAUGUAUACUUGAAGGAGAUGCGACGUCGUCAGCAGAAACAAGAAACAACAACGUUAGACUUGGAGAAUCUGGCUCGGACUAUUUCUGACCUGUUCGUUGCGGGUACCGAGACAACGGCCACUACAAUACGUUGGGCACUGGUCUACUUCCUAAACUACCCGGAUGUACAAGAGAAGUGCUUCCAGGAGAUUCUGGAAAACGUGGGUCAGAGCAGACGACCAUCCAUGAAGGACAAGACGAACCUUCCUUACGUGGAGGCCACCAUCCUGGAAGCACUGAGGUACGCUGAUAUUGCACCUACGGCAGUCCCUCAUGCAGUUGCACAUGAUGUACAGUUCAGAGGAUACACCUUCCCGAAAGGUGUCACAGUCAUGUUGAACCUUGAUUCAGUCCUCCAAGACACGGAUGUAUGGGGAGACCCACAAAACUUUCGGCCGGACCAUUUCCUUGACCGUGCAGGCAAGAUUCAGAAGAGAGAUGAAUUCAUUCCGUUUUCUUUGGGACGAAGAGUUUGCCUGGGGGAGGCAAUGGCCCGGAUGGAGCUCUUCCUCUUCCUCACCACCAUGAUUCAGAGGUUCAAGUUCGUCCCAGUGAACGGGAAAAAGCCUCCAAUGCAUGGAAUUAUGGGCUUCACACAUUCGCCAAGUGAAUUCCAAGUAAAAGCUAUUCCCCGAAACUAAUACUGUUGCAAUGUCACCACGAAAACAAAGCAUAGACCCUGUUAGUGUUUCAACGUUGUCAAACAACAGGAACAGGAAGACUUCUUUACUGUAAACUCUUUGUCAAAUUAUGUUUUAUAAUAAAAUAAUAUCCCCCAAAAUUGUAAUAUACGGUGAUUAACUGGCAUUUUAGCACUGUUUCCUCCUCUUUGUUGAAAGUACUUACUUCCCGUGCUCACUGAAGUUAUCAAGUCAUUUGAAUCCAGUUGAAUAACAGUGGUGGAGUAUUCUAGCCAUGUGUCUAAAUUUCUUUAUGACAAAGAUUGUGACACUAAUAUUUGUGAAAAAACUGACAUCAUGAAAGGAUUGUGCGAAACACAUAUACAAAACUCUGUAGAUAAACAAAGAUAUGUAUGAAUUUCCCUGACAAUGUUCAAUAAACACCCAAAUCACCCAGACAGAACUAUUACAACUGAUAAUGGGUUCUCUGAAGCGUGUGUAAAUGAGUAACAGCUAUUCAUGUAUGCCACUAUAUGCAAUCCUCAAAUCACGAAGUUGCAUCCCCUGAACCUAUUUACUUCAAUGGUGAACACUCGAGCUCAUUCGAAAUCAACUCCUCUGUCGUCAUUCAGAUUUAAUCUGAAUGCGUCACUCUGUUGAAGUAAGAUAUUGAGCUGCGGUGGAACCAGUUGGUAUGACCUGGCCAAAUAGCCGCUUGCCUGUGAGAAUAUCCAUUGCUGUGGCGUUCACACCACAUCUCAUAAGAUAUGGGUUGUUCAGGAUACUACUGGAAAGGCAUUUCACGCACGGGCUGUUUACACAGGGCGCAGAGCACACUGCAAUGCGUAUUUGUUUAAUCAGGAAAAUGCACUGCUGGCGGGAGAUGGUGUUAAAAUGAUGAUAUUAUGAACUAAGCUGCGGUGUAUUGCAGGCGAGUGAUGCCGUGUUCCUGGUGAGUGAUAAUGUAAUGAUGGCGAGUGAUGGCGUACUGUACUGUGGCGAGGGAUGACGAUGCACUGCUGGAGAGUGGUGAUCUUCUGUGGUGAUCUUCUGCUGAACUGAUGACGAGUGAUAAUGCAUUGUGGCGAGUGAUGACAUGGUGAUCUUCUGUGGCGAGAGCUGUUGAACUGAUGACGAGUGAUAAUGCAUUGUGGCGAGUGAUGACAUGGUGAUCUUCUGUGGCGAGAGCUGUUGAACUGAUGACGAGUGAUAAUGCAUUGUGGCGAGUGAUGACAUGGUGAUCUUCUGUGGCGAGAGCUGUUGAACUGAUGACGAGUGAUAAUGCAUUGUGGCGAGUGAUGACGUGGUGAUCUUUUGUGGCGAAAGCUGUUGAACUGAUGGCGAGUGGUGACAUAUUGGUACAAGCGAUGGCGUUCUGGUGGUGUGUGAUGACUUUCGUUGACGAGUGAUGUUGAACUGCUGGCGACAGACGACGUACUACUGGCGACAUGUUUUCAACUACAUACGACCCUGACUGUGGUGAAUGACAGAAAAUGCAUGUGUAUGAUGUACUCUUCCGACAUGGUUCUUGCUAUACUGUCAGUCAAAAUAUUGCAUAUUAUUUAAUGUGUUCCGGGUAUAUUUUCAUGUUUUGUUGAAUAAUAACCUAAGCUGCAGUCUGAAAUAUCAAUAUGUGCCCUUGCUUUGUCAUUGAGGGGCGGUUGGGUAGCCAAGUGGAUAAAACGUUCGCUCGUCACGCCAAAGAACUGGGUUCGAUUCCCCACAAGGUUACAAUGUGUGGGGCCAAUUCCUGGUGUCCACCGUCGUGAUAUUGCUGGAACAUUGCUGAAAACGGCGUAAAACUAAACUCACUCACUCACUCACUCAUUGAAUAGUUAUAACAAAGCAAACGGCAGAUUGAAUCAUAUUCUGCAAAUAGGAAAUAUAUAUGUUUAAUGUGUCAGGUGGUUGAAACAUGGUCAUGAGAUAUCAAUGUUAUGAAAUCGAACAAGUAAUGUUCCCAAACAGCUUGCCAUGGACAAGCAUAGGCGCGACGUGAGCAUAUACUCCCCCACAGAUGACAACAUGACAAACCUGGGCAGAGACAAGUCACAUUUUCGCCUAAGUUCCUGGAAGUAUUCGUAACAACGCAACAGUGUACAAUCAAUCCUGUUGCCAAUUGUUCGUACGAAAGGGAAGUGUUCUCUGUUUAUUUAUACUGCUAUAAACAGGAGACUUAGUGUAUUUUCUUGACCAAUCAUUUUCUAUGAAGUCAUGUGGCCAUUGCAUUGACAUCAGGCCGCAUUGUCGGAGACAAGAUGAAUUUACUUUACCUUUAAUAUUCAUUUUGUUUUGUUUUGUCAUCCAAUAUUGAAAUCGAUAUCACUGACUGUUACUGGAACAUCCCUUGAUCGGAUUUCAGCCUAUUUAUCUCAUUGUUCUGUAAUUCUGUGUGGAAUAAAGUCAGUUUCUUAAAAGCCAAA